UCCGAUCAUCGCGGUGAAGGAAGACGGCAAUCGCCGCGCACCUACAUGCACGACAGACCAGGCAGUGAAAUGCGGAGAGCCAUUACUCAAAGCCUACCGCCUGGUAUUAUAUGCUCCUUUUAGUUUUAUUUUACAUAUAUGUGCACUGAUCGUAAUUUCAGGAUUGAUUUUUCAUCCGGAUGCGCGCCGAUUCGUUUGAUUUUUAUGGGAACGGAAGGAGUGCUGCCUGUUCACCGCUGUCCUGGGUCGCUGGGCUGCCUUUGACUGUGCAGCCCCAGCCGACAUUUCACCAGGUGAAACGAUGAUCCGUCACGCAAAAUGAGGUGGAGUCGCAAUGCGAACAAGGUGCGGGGCACUUUGCACCUACGGCGUCGCACCCUGUGAUAACGAGGCGGCGACGGGAGUCAAACGUCCACUUGUUCAAGUUCAAGAUCCUUAAACCCGCCAGAAAAACGUCGUUUCUAUAUGUUAAUAAUGCUGGUAUCGUAGAGAAGACCAGCACUCGAUGACUGUUUUUUAAAAUUUAUUUGGUCGCACAUUGCACAAGAAGAAAACUGUAUAAAGACAAGUUGCAUCAGCGAUGACACGGAAAAAAUAACGGCGUUAAUUUUUUUUAUGCAAACGUAUAUGCACUUUCGUUUCGCGAUUAAAGCAAAUCUUGAAAGUAUUAAAUGCAUCGUAGCUGGCGGUACUGCUCGGGGUUUGCUGUUCGUGGUUAAAUCUAAGAAAAAAAAAUGUAACAGUCAAGAUGGAGCACACGACACAUGGUCUUUGGAAUAAAUACAUUUACUGUCAUGCCAGGUUGGUAAUUCACUGAAAAGCAAUACCUUCAUCUUUGAUCAUGGGAGGCAAGCGUUUUUCGGAAAGCAUUGAUGCCAGCCGCCAAAUUAAUAAACGCUUCUUUUUUAUUCUGUAAGAAAAUGACCCACAAUCUCGCCGUUUCGUGUCUGUUCGACACACCCCAAGGAUACACAGAGCUCGUCCUUGGUCCGGCAUGGCAAGUAAACAGCUCCAAACAAACUCUCACCGUUGACAUAUAAGGCAGAUCGGAUCGAGAAGAGCCGGCAAACGAUGGAAUUGUCCGAAGUGCGAUGCUCGAGCGCAAGCGAGGAGCUCUACACCAUUAACAAAACUCCCAGCAGCACCAGCAGCACCAGACCCAAGCGGCUGCUGUGGCAAAAUGCCGUGAGGCACAUCACCGAGCAGCGCUUCAUCCACGAGCAGAGCAGCGCGAAGAGCAUCACCCCGGAGGAGAGCUACGGGCAGGACCUGCGGAAGCAGUCGGCGGGGAGGACUUCAGUGAGCGACCGGCACAACAACGGGGGGACCAAAGUGUUUCCCGAAAGGGCCAGCAGUGAUCUGGGAUUCCUGCAAAUUGACUGCGCCCCCAGCAAUUCCGACUUUUUCCUCAACUGGGGCUACACGUACAGAGGUGUCAUUUUCCCCACUUUGCGCAAUUCCUUCAAAUCGCGGGACUUGGAGCGCCUGUACCAGCGCUAUUUUCUGGGGCAAAGGCGCAAGUCGGUGGUGGUCAUGAACAUCUUGGACGUGGUGACGAAGCUCACUCUGCUCAUCCUUCACCUGACUUUAGCUUCCGCACCAAUGGACCACAUAAAAGGCAUGCUCCUGGGCUUCUUUACCGGCAUCGAGGUGGUGAUCUGUGCCUUAGUGAUAGUGCGCAAAGACACGACCUCACACAGCUAUUUGCAAUACAGCGGCGUGGUGACCUGGGUGGCGAUGGCCACGCAGAUUUUGGCAGCCGGGCUGGGUUACGGACUACUCGGAGAUGGUAUCGGAUACGUGCUUUUCACGCUCUUUGCCACUUACAGUAUGCUUCCAUUGCCACUUACCUGGGCAAUUCUAGCUGGAUUUGUCACGUCGGCUCUUCACAUUGUUGUUCAGCUGAUAAUCCCCCAAAGCGCACAAAUAUCUACAAAUCAGCUGCUGGCCCAGGCCGUGCUCUUCACGUGCAUGAACACGGCGGGUGUGUUCAUCAGCUACCUGUCGGACCGGGCUCAACGCCAGGCCUUCCUGGAGACGAGGAGGUGCAUCGAGGCUCGACUCCGCCUGGAGACUGAGAACCAGAGACAGGAGAGGCUGGUGCUCUCAGUCUUACCCCGGUUCGUGGUGCUGGAGAUGAUCAAUGACAUGACCAACGUGGAGGACGAGCACCUCCAGCAUCAGUUUCAUAAGAUCUACAUCCACCGCUACGAGAACGUCAGCAUUCUCUUUGCAGACGUCAAAGGCUUUACCAACUUGUCCACCACACUGUCAGCACAGGAGCUGGUCAGGAUGCUGAAUGAGCUCUUUGCCAGGUUUGACCGACUCGCACAUGAGCAUCACUGCCUUCGGAUCAAGAUCCUGGGGGACUGCUACUAUUGCGUGUCGGGCUUGCCGGAGCCGCGUCAGGACCACGCGCACUGCUGCGUGGAGAUGGGCUUGAGCAUGAUCAAAACCAUCCGGUACGUGAGGUCGCGGACGAAGCAUGACAUCGACAUGCGGAUCGGGAUUCACUCCGGCUCUGUCCUGUGCGGGGUGCUGGGCCUCCGCAAGUGGCAGUUCGACGUCUGGUCCUGGGAUGUCGACAUCGCCAACAAGCUGGAGUCGGGUGGGAUCCCAGGGAGGAUCCACAUCUCCAAGGCGGCCCUGGACUGCCUGAACGGCGACUACGAGGUGGAGGAGGGUCACGGCAAAGAGCGCAACGAAUUCCUGCGGCGCCACAACAUCGAGACGUACCUGAUCAAGCAGCCCGAGGAAAGCCUGCUGUCGCUGCCCGAGGACAUCAUGAAGGAGUCGGCCAGCGUCAGCGGGCGGAGGAGCAGCAGCGCCACCUUCACCGAGGGCUCCUGGAGCCCUGAGCUGCCCUUCGACAACAUCGUGGGCAAGCAGAACACUCUGGCUGCACUUACGAGAAACUCAAUAAAUCUGCUUCCAAACCAUCUCGCACAAGCUUUGCAUGUCCAGUCUGGUCCUGAGGAAAUUAACAAGCGAAUAGAGAACACCAUCGACUUACGGAGUGGCGAUAAAUUGAGAAGAGAGCAUAUCAAGCCUUUCUCACUGAUGUUUAAAGACUCCAGCCUGGAGGAAAAGUACUCCCAGAUGAGAGAUGAGGUCUUCAAGUCCAACCUGGUCUGUGCUUUCAUCGUUCUCAUAUUCAUCACAGCCAUCCAGAGCUUGCUUCCCUCAUCCAGGAUGGUAACCAUGGUGAUCCAGUUCUCCGUCCUCAUCAUGCUGCACUCGGCACUGGUCCUGGUCACCACGGCCGAGGACUAUAAGUGUCUGCCCCUGGUACUUCGGCAGGCCUGCUGCUGGAUCAACGAGACCUACAUGGCCCGCAAUGUCAUCGUCUUCGUCUCCAUCCUCAUCAACUUCCUGGCUGCCAUGAUUAAUAUCCUUUGGUGUGAUUUCGACAAGUCUAGCACGUUCCGGAACCAGACAUUCAACGCAUCAACCUCGAUACCCGACAUCUGCUUCUACCCUGAGUACUUUGUCUUCACUGGCGUAUUGGCCAUGGUGACCUGCGCCGUGUUCCUGCGCCUCAACUCCGUGCUCAAGUUGGCCAUCCUGCUCGUCAUGAUCGCCAUCUACUCACUGCUCACCGAAGCCUUCUACACCUCACUCUUUGUACGCUACGACACCGUUCACCACAAUGGCGAGAAAAAUUUUCUGGGGACCAAGGAGACCUCGCUUCUUUUGAUGGCAAUGUUUCUACUGGCUGUGUUUUACCAUGGACAACAGUUGGAGUACACUGCACGCCUUGACUUCCUGUGGCGAGUGCAAGCCAAAGAGGAGAUCAACGAGAUGAAGGAGCUAAGGGAACAUAACGAGAACAUGCUGAGGAACAUCCUGCCCAGCCACGUGGCCAGGCACUUCCUGGAGAAAGAUCGGGACAACGAGGAGCUGUACUCCCAGUCCUACGAUGCAGUGGGGGUCAUGUUUGCUUCCAUCCCAGGAUUUGCCGACUUUUACUCGCAAACGGAGAUGAACAACCAGGGCGUUGAAUGCCUGCGUCUCCUCAACGAGAUCAUCGCCGACUUUGACGAGUUGCUUGGAGAAGAUCGAUUUCAAGACAUCGAGAAGAUAAAAACUAUCGGCAGCACAUACAUGGCAGUUUCGGGGCUGUCCCCUGAGAAACAGCAAUGUGAGGACAAGUGGGGCCACCUGUGUGCCCUGGCAGACUUUGCCAUUGCUCUAAACGAAAGCAUCCAAGAGAUUAACAAGCACUCCUUCAACAACUUUGAGCUGCGGAUUGGCAUUGCACAUGGAUCGGUCGUGGCGGGGGUGAUCGGUGCCAAGAAGCCCCAGUAUGACAUCUGGGGCAAGACGGUUAACCUGGCGAGUCGCAUGGACAGCACCGGCGUCAGUGGCAAGAUCCAAGUGCCUGAGGAGACGUUCCUCAUCCUGAAGGAGCGAGGCUUCGCCUUCGAAUACCGCGGCGAGAUCUACGUCAAGGGCAUCAGCGAGCAGGAGGGCAAGAUCCGCACGCACUUCCUGCUGGGCCGGGUGCAGCCCAACCCGCUCAUCUUGCAGCCACGUAAGCUCACGGGUCAGUACUCUCUGGCCGCCGUGGUGCUGGGCCUAGUGCAGUCGCUGAACCGGCAGAAACAGAAGCAGAUCCUCAAUGAGAACAACAACUCUGGGAUCAUGAAGGGACACUACAAUCGCAGGACGCUGCUCACGCCUGGGGGGCCCGAGACCGGGGCCCACGCCGAGGCCGCUGACAAGGCGGAGCUGCCGUAGGCUCCGUUGUUUGCAUCCAUUCCAUUGUUCUUUGCUUUUCUGUGUCAAUGUUUCUGUUUUGUAUUUCUUUUAUAUAUAAAAAAAAACACAAUA